AUGAGUCAUGAAGGUGACUUGUCGUUGUUGUCUUGUUUGUUCUUCUAUCAACUGUUCUACAUUAAACGACUUAAAUAUUUAAUACUUUUCUUUUUUUUUUUCUCUGUUCAUGGAGGAGUCUAUGUAAAAAGAAGUGCCAAAUUUAAUGAAAAAGAAAUGAGAGAGAAGUUACGGGCCCAGAUGAAAGCUGAGACUCCGAUGUAUUUAGUGAUUUUUCCAGAGGGGACUCGUUACAAUCCAGAAAUACCAAAAGUCAUUGCAGAUAGUCAAUCAUUUGCUGAAAAGGAAGGACUCGCUAUAUUAAAGCAUGUGCUAACGCCACGCGUGAAGGCAACUCAUGUAGCCAUUGACACAAUGAAAGACUAUCUGGAUGCAGUGUAUGAUGUGACCGUAGCUUAUGAAGGUACUGUGGACCACAAAGGGCAAAGAAAACUGGCACCAUCUAUGACAGAGUUUCUUUGCAAGGAAUGCCCAAGAGUUCAUAUUUUCAUUGAUCGAAUUGAACUGAAGGACAUUCCAGAAGAGCAGAUGUAUAUGAGAAGGUGGCUUCAUGAACGUUUUGAAAUAAAGGAUAAGUUACUAAUAGAGUUUUACGAUGCAAAGGAUUCCAAAAGAAGAAAUAAGUUCCCUGGGAAAAGCGUUCAUUCCAAGCUAAGCCUCAAGAAAACUUUGCCAUCUUUGCUGUUUUUAGGUGGCCUGACUGCUAGUAUGCUUCUGACAGAAUCUGGAAGGAAACUUUAUGUAAAAACAUGGAUAUAUGGGACUUUAAUUGGCUGCCUGUGGGUUAGCAUUAAACCGUAAGCAGAUGAUAGUCUCCAAUCAGUGAAAUGUGCAGUCUUUUCUUGCACAUUGCACCAAACUUUUUCCUGACUUUAUAGUAAGUGUAAAUAAAAGCCUUAUUGAUCGAA